CAUUCUUUUUCUAUGUCAUGGCAACAGAACCAGUUAUUCAAGAAAAGAUUUAUCAAGAAGUUCGACAAGAACUAGGAGAUGAUGAAGUUACUUAUGAAAAAUUAAAUCAACUUCAGUAUUUGGAUAUGGUAAUUAAUGAAACACUUCGAAUGUAUCCACCAGUCUUAAGGCUUGAUCGUGUUGCAUCGAAAGAUUAUCAACUUGGUAAUUAUCUUAUACCAAAAGGUACGAUUAUUCACGCACCGGUAUAUCCUAUUCAUCAUGAUUUUGAGACAUGGCCUGAACCGGAAAAAUUCAUACCUGAAAGAUUUUUGCCAGCUGAAAAAGCUAAACGACAUCCAAUGGUAUUUUUGGCAUUCGGUGAUGGACCUCGUAAUUGUAUUGGUAUGCGAUUUGCAUUAGUAGAAGCUAAACUUGGCAUUGUUCGAGCACUUCGUCUUGUAGAAUUUGAAAGAUCUGAAAAAACAGAAGUUCCACUUCAAUUAGGAAAAAUAAUAGUUUUAAAUAGUAAAAAUAGUAUUUUUCUACGUGUUGUUCGUCGUUCACAAUAA